CAAUCCCAACUGAACAUCACCAAACCUCUGCAGAUUGGCUCCGUUCUACAUUCGACGACCCACCAUGGAUUCUUUUCCCAAGUCUUUGAAUCCACACAAACGUCUCAAAGAAGAAUUCGUCAGCAAUCUGACUGGAUCUUCCAUGCUCGAAAUCGCCGUCAUCACCACACUAAUCCCUCUUGUGUUCCUGGUGCGGCGAUUAAUGGGUUUCAUGCGACCUGCUGAUGUUGUGACAUCGAAGAAGAAUGAUGAUGCACAAGUCGGUGCUAACAGUUGGCAGGCUUACAUGGCUGCACUGGCUGUGGAUUUUCUAUUCAUUAUGGUUCCCUUCGUCUUAUUUUUCACUGUUUUAGCAGAAUGGAUGUAUAUUUGGGCAACGUUGCUGAUAUUGAUAGUUGUAUUCAGCGUGGCAGCCAGAAGUUGCGGCACCUUUUCUACUUUGAAAGAAGAACCAGAAUCUGUUAGGAAACUCAUAACAUCACAUAGGGUUGCAACGAUGAUGCUGACAUGCAUAUGCAUCUUGGCCGUUGACUUCACAAUUUUUCCUAGAAGAUAUGCUAAGACUGAGACUUAUGGUACUAGCUGGAUGGAUCUUGGGGUUGGCUCAUUUGUUGUGAUAAACUCAUUUGUGUCUCGGCAAGCACGAAAUCUAUCAUGGGCGAAAUGGAAGGCUGCAAUAAAAUCUACUACUCCAUUAAUCAUCCUUGGGUUUGCUCGUACUUACUCUACUGCUGGCCUAGACUAUCAGGUUCAUGCAGCUGAAUAUGGAGUACACUGGAAUUUCUUUUUCACAAUGGCUGCCAUAUCAUUUCUUACAUCCAUAAUCAAUGUGCCCGCACAAUAUUCUGGAAUUCUCGGUGCACUAAUUCUAGUAGGUUACGAGGGUUGGUUGGUGCAGGGGUUGAACAUGUAUCUGCUGUCUAAUGAAAGGGGAAGUGAUAUAAUUAGCCAAAAUAAGGAGGGAUUGUUUAGCAUAUUUGGAUAUUGGAGCAUGUACCUUUUUGGUGUCCAGGUGGGGAAUUUUCUGUUUUUCAGUAACCAUUCCUCUGCGACAACGAGUAGCAAGAAAUGGACAAGGAAUAGAGCCGCAAUACUAUCACUUCUGUUUUGGCUAGUAACUUUGGUUGCAGAUAACUAUGUCGAGCGAGUUUCCCGUAGAUCGUGCAACCUUCCAUAUGUUACACUGGUAUUGGCUGUAAAUCUACAGGGUCUGGCAAUAGGUCUGGUCUCUGAUGAUCUCCCUGCAACCAAAACAUCAACAAUUGAAGAAGCAUAUAACCGCAAUUUGCUAGCGAUAUUUCUUCUGGCAAAUUUGCUUACAGGUCUGGUAAACUUUUUGGUGGAUACCCUGUUUGCAUCUUCAGUCAAAGCACUUUCUGUAAUGAUUGCCUACGCAUUCAUGUUAACUUUCAUUCCUGGAUUGCUAGACUUUUGCGGCAUCCGAUUUAAAUUUUGGUAGGGCAGCUUGUAGUUAUUAAUCAAUUUUGUCAAGGACGCACAUAAUGAAAUCGUAAAGAAUUUCUACACCAUGAACGUAAUUCCACCUUUGUUAGCAUUGUGUUUCCUGAC